UCGAGUCCACGGAUGAAGCAGAUUAGCGUCGCUCUGCCCUCUUCAACGCUGAUUGCUGUGGGAAAACCGAGACGCGCAAACAAGCCGAUGCGGUGCGGACGCUGCGGACAGAUUCUCUGACACCAUGGACUUCAAUGUCAAAAAAUUAGCUUCGGAUGCUGGAGUCUUCUUCACACGCGCGGUCCAGUUCACCGAGGAGAAACUGGGCCAGGCGGAGAAGACUGAACUGGACGUGCACCUGGAGAACCUGAUGGCCCGUGCCGACUGCACCAAGAACUGGACCGAGAAGAUCUUCCGGCAGACCGAGGUCCUGCUACAGCCCAACCCAAUUGAUCACACGGGUGCCCGGAUCGAGGAGUUCUUCUAUGAGAAGCUGGACCGGAAGGUUCCGUCCAGGGCCACCAACGGGGAGCUGCUCGGGCAGUACAUGCUGGACGCGGCCAAGGACUUCGGCCCGUCGACGCCGUACGGCAGUACUCUGAUUAAGGUGGGGGAGAGCCAGAGGAAACUGGGCGGGACCGAGCGGGAGUUCAUCCAGAGUUCGGCCAUCAGCUUCCUCACGCCGCUGCGGAACUUUCUGGAGGGGGAUUGGAGGACCAUCUCGAAAGAGAGGCGGCUCCUGGAGAACCGGCGGCUGGAUCUGGACAUCUGCAAGGCCCGCCUGAAGAAGGCCAAGGUGGCUGAAGCCAAAGCCUCGGCCACACCCGAUUUUCAGGAGACUAGACCCCGAAAUUAUGUUCUCUCUGCCAGUGCAUCUGCGCUCAGCGACUUUGACUUUGGAGACUCGUCCACAGGGGACAAAGCCAAAGGAAGGGGGCUGUGGAGUGAGGAGGUCGACAAAGCAGAGAUGGAAUUGCGGGUGGCGCAGACGGAGUUUGACCGGCAGGCUGAGGUCACCCGGCUGCUGCUGGAGGGGAUCAGCAGCACGCACGUGCACCAUCUGCGCUGUCUGCAUGAGUUUGUGGAGGCCCAGGCUGCCUACUAUGCCCAGUGCCACCUACACAUGCUGGAGCUGCAGAAAGAGCUGAGCAGUUCUGAUGAAGAUGUGUUGCCCAAUGCCUUUGCUGUGAAUCCUUCCUCCCUGGCUGCAUUUUCCAGCCCCUCCCCCUCCACCUCCGCCAGCCCUGCCCCGCCCACCCCCGCCACCUUGGAGACGGACUCGCUGAAGGGGGAAGAGGGGCGCCCCCCCGCCUCAGGCUCGCGCAAGGCCAAGGUGCUCUACGACUACGACGCCGCCGACACCAGCGAGCUCUCUCUGCUGGCGGACGAGCUCAUUACAGUCUACACUGUUCCAGGAAUGGAUCCUGAUUGGUUGAUUGGAGAGCGAGGUAACCAGAAAGGGAAGGUGCCUGUUACUUACCUCGAGCUUCUGAGCUAAAGAUGGGAGAGGGAAGAAGGAAGGACGGAGGGAAGAAACCUGGGACGGACUAACAGGCUGACACACACAUACACACAUCUGUGCACUCGCAUGUACACGCACACACACACACACACACACACACACAAAUAGGCAAGCAAAACUGGGGAACAAUCUUAAAUAUAAAAAUAGAUAAAUGACAGAAAUGGAAGUGUACCUAACUCUGGUGGUGAGGUGCAUGCUUACCCACAAUGCCCUGAGGGUUUAUUUGUGGUAUGCCCAUAAUGCCUCUACGGUUUGAAAGGAUAAUUAGUGACAUACCCAUAAUGCCUCUGCGGUUUGAGGGGUUAAUUAGUGACAUACCCAUAACGCCUGUAACUGUUUGAGGGGAUUAUUCGUGACAUACCCAUAAUGCCUCUAUGGUUUUAGGGGAUAAUCUGUGACAUACCCAUAAUGCCCCUGCGAUUGGGGGGGGGGUUAAUUUGAGGCAUACUUACCCAUAAUGCCUCUGUGUUUCCGGGGAUAAUUUGUGAUGGGAGUCCUUGGCAGAGCCACACGGCUGGGUUUUGCUCAGCGGCUGAGAUCUCACUGUCUAUUGGGUGUGUGGUUAUGAUUUUCUCAGCAGUUGAGAUCUGUAGUAUAGUAUAGUAUAGUAUAGUAUAGUGUUAGAUUUCACUGGUUUAACAGCAAGGCUAUUUUCACUACACAUUCUAGAAUUUGCCAGACAUUUACACGGUUUAUUAGAUUAAGGUUUCAUCUUUGUGGUCUGAAGAAAUCGAAGCCCUGCUAUUGCUGAUGCGGUCUCUUGGCUGUGGGGAAAUUCUUGGUCACGGAGCUGAAAAUGUAUGAGUCAUACACUUGAUACUAGGCCAUGCUAUGAACACAGUUUCGGUUUUAUUUAACAUCUGUGUAAACAUUGCGUGCAUACAGUAUAUCUGUAUAUAAAAAUAUAGUAUGUAUAUUUUGUCAUUUAUUUGGAUUCUUUUGACAUUGUUCUGUUGCACUCUGUGGUUGUUUGUAGUUUACUUUUGUUGAAUUUUUUUAUGCUGGGCUCAAACUACAACCAACAAAAUUUUAAGAUCGCUGUGCAGCUCACACUAUCCGAAAUUCUAUUCUGUACAUUUUCGUCACUCAGACAUAGUGGUGCACAUACUUCAACAUUGUGGCACAGACGGUGCGUCGCUAACUACAGCUAACUCUUCGGUGGAUUUUCGUCUUGAGGGAUCUCAAUAUUCUGCUUUCUUGUGAGAAAAAAAUGCAAAAAUGUGAUGGAUUUCGUCAGUUGUUACCCAGAAUAAACGCUACCUUGCUAAAGCAGAGACUGAUUGAGCUCUGGGGAAUGCUUCACGCAACAGAAAAAUACUAACAAAACAAAACAAAAUGAGUGUUGUGCCGCUGCUGCUCUGUCACUCCGAUUGUGCUGUUGUCUUCCUGAAGAGGCAAUGGUGUUGUUGCCAGAGGUCAACCAGCUUCUCUUUCAUCUCAUCCGUCAUUGUAGAACCCGGGGUGCUGUUUUAUAUGAGGCCAUGAUGCUACUAGAGUGUUGUGUUUUAUUUCCAGCUUGCACCACGUGGUUUGCCUGACCUCCGAAAUUCGUCCCAGUCCGCUAAAUCCUGGCAAAAAUUCAUGUUUUGUGAACCCAGCAUUAGUAUCCUUUUCCUCCUCCUGUCUUUUCUCAUGAAAAAGCUUAUCACGAUCAAGGUACUCACAUCAAAAUAUUUGCUCUGACUAUCUUGGCUGAUGUUACUUCCUGUCAAUUUUCUUUUUGUCUGUUUUUUUAGUGUUUUUUUGUUCUUUAAAGGCAUUCUAUGCAUACUAUUCUUAGCCUGUGUUUACCAUUAAAUAAGUUUCCUUCGCCUUCAACCCCACCCACUCACACUGCAUUAAUUACCCAAUGUAACAUAGCUAGCUGGAUAGCCAGCGUUAAUGGUAGUACCCUGAAAUGAGCAACUAUGAGGAAUAGUAAGAAGGUAGAUUUUAUCAUCGCUUAAUUAAUUACAUUGUGUUGAGCGUAAUAGUGGUUUUAUCGUUGAACUUUAAAUUUGAAAAUUUCAGAUCCUCGGGAAUGUCCAUAUAGUCACCAACUUCACACUGCCGGUAUUGUUACUUACAGGUCCAACAGAAAACAAGCCAACUCCGUGUGCUUUUCAUCCCUUUAGCGAACUUCAGCUUAUGAGGAAAAGCAGUUCCAAGGUUAACUCUAGUUCUUGAACGAGCCUUGUCGGAUUGUCUUUUUGCUUCGUUGUAUCUGGAAUUUUGCUAGCUAGCUUUGCAGCCACACCCUCCCCUCCCUCCACAGAAAACGGUGCCACACCUCAGAAAUGUCCCGAACCUUUUUAGAAUAACAAAUACGCUACAGGUAAACGUGCCCGAAUUCGGCUGAUGUGCGUAAAGACAGAGAUUGCCAGUGCAUCAAAGAUAUGUCUUCAAAGCAUAGUUAUUUUAUAAUAUUUUCAAGGUAAUAAUCCUGCAUAAGAUGCCUUUAAAUAUGUGAUUGUGCAGUCAUUGGCAAGCGUGUGCACAGUGUGGGAUUCCCCAGCCCCACCAAGUUACAGCAGAAAGGGCUUGUCAGGCUUCUGUCACAUUUGUGUCCAGCUGUCUUUACUCCCGAUGGCAUUUUUCCCCUGUUUUUGUUGUCUUGUUGAAUAAGUUUUGUUUUCCCCUUCACGUAAGGAGAAGCAGAGAAAUCUCAGGUUGUGGAGAGUUCAGCCUUCCCCUACCUGACCAUUUUUCUUUGUCAUUGAAAUUCCCCCAAACGUUAAAAAGGUUGGGGUGAAUGUGAAGUUUUCUUGGAGAUCACAUUAUGUCACAAUGAAUGUUGCAUGAAUGGCCUUAGGAUGAUAUUCGGUUUCGAUCAGUGAUUCGCAACGAGACUGGAUGCGACUUGCAAAAUUCCAAGACGUCUGAUUGUAAACGUUCUGAAAAAGCAUUACAGUUGUGCAUGGUCAUCUGUCCGUCAUGUUGAGCAAAUUUGCUAUUUCAGCACUUCAAUUCAAAGCAUUCUUAAAAUGGGUUUGGCACGCAUUCUCCUCGAUUCGUCUGAAAAACACACACCCUCCAUGAUUGUUAAGCCUGUUAAGUUAGUAAGCAACAUGUCUAGUAUGCUUUUCUGUGUCUUUGAGAGUACAUAUUUUGAAGAACAAAAUGUUGGGCUGUUUGGGAAUGUUCUCAUUGGAACUUUACCUCAAAACCAAAGGGGAAUCUAACUGGAAUUUUCCCUAAUAUUCUGGGAACAUUUUGUAUUAGCUGGGUCUGCUGAUGUCUCCAUGUAUAUUGUCCUGCCUCUCUUGUGGUGUUGAACAGAUAAUAAAACAAAACUUUACUCUAA